GAAAAAUCUUCCUCAAAACCGCCGCUGAGAUUCUUAGUGAAGGGAAGAGGGUUCAGCUGCGUUUUCAUCGAAACGCGGAAGAUUUUUUCGAUGAGAAUGUUCUCCACAUCCGCUAGAGGUCGUUGAGGUUUCGAAGCCGCCGCCGCCAAAUCUAUCUCCCAUUACCUCGUCGGUUGUUAGCGAAGAAGCUAUGCGUUUUGUACUGCAAGAUUCAUUUGGGUUCCUGUGGUUCUUGAUAUUGUUGACCUUCAUUAAAAAUGACUGUUAACUGUUGACUUCAAUAUUUGCUAUUGCUAACCAUCACUAUAUUUGAGCACUCUUGCUGUUAAAAAGAACAGUUCCCAAAAUUGAAUCGCAAUCUGUUAGAAAUUUGCGAACGCUUCUUUUUGACUGCAAGAGUGCUCAACUUAGUCCUUAUAAAAUGCAUUUAGUGACUACGAAUUUUUAGUUCAGGUAAUCACAUGUCUCAUGUCUCGUAUUAGUGACUUGACUACCAUAGAGGUAUGAUAUUCACUUGUGUUCUGAUUCAUUGGUUAUCUCAUGUUAUGUCUAUAAUGUUAGUUUUGGCUUCAAAAACUCCUCCUAGGGUACUCCAAUGAAAUCAUAGGAUUGGCACUGUGAAUUUCCCUUGGUUUGCUUUUUACUUGUUAUUAGUUUUUCCAGUUGUUAAAAAUAAAAUAUUGGGAAGAUUCAAAAUUGUUUCUGUUGUAUGAUAUAUGCUAAUUGUGAGAAAGGUAAAGACAAAUUUUGUAGAGCUAACGAAGCUGUGAUGUUCAUGCCAUGUGUUUCUAUAGAGAUCCUUUGUUGAUAAUGUGAAAGCUUCACUAAAUGAAAAUCAGUAUGUGGUUUGUUUUCUACCUUACAUUCAUGUAAGUUGUGAUUGUGUCUUUUCUUAUUUGCAACCUCUUCCUCGGAGAGGUGUGUAAUGCACUGCUUCUCACAUUUAGUUUAAGUUUCCUCUAAUUCGUGCUUUUGGUCUUUUUUUCCUUAUUGUUUGAUGAUAUUCAUUUCUGAGAACUUCCAGGUUUCUUUGUCAUAAUUUGGAUAUCAGCUGUGAGGUUCAAAUCAAAUGAAACUGUUAAGAAGCAGACAGCUUUAAAGGAAAGUGUCUAUCCUUAUUGGCAUUGCUCUUUGCUUUCAUGCUUCACGUGAUGUGCAUUUACUGGUGGUAUCGAAAUGAUGAUCUUUUAUACCCACUGGUCAUGCUUCCUCCAAGAGCAACACCUUUCUGGCCUGCAAUAUUCAUCAUCUUGGUUAAUGAUACAUUGACGCGGCAAGCUGCAAUGGCUUUCCAGUGUUUCCUGCUUAUAUAUUACAAAAAUGGCAAAGGUCAUACCUUCAGUCAGCAGGCUCAAAUGUUAACUCUGGUUGAGUACACACUGCUGUUGUAUCAUGCCUUGUUGCCAACCCCAGUUUGGUACCGGUUUUUCUUGAACAGGGAUUAUGGCAGUCUCUUUUCAUCACUGACCACUGGAUUGUAUCUAACUUUCAAGCUGACAUCUGUCGUUGAGAAGGUCCAAUGCUUCGUUGCUGCCUUGAAAGCUUUAUCAAGAAAGGAAGUUCAUUAUGGGGUUAAUGCCACAAUGGAACAGGGCAAAAACUAACAAAGGGAAAUAUGAAACAAGCAAAGUAAACAUUGUGCUGACUUUGACUCUAGCAGCAACAUCUUUUAGAGUCCAAGCUACGCAAACUGGAAGAGCAGCAGCAUAGAUAUAUCUUGAAACUAAAAUCAUCAUAAUGAAUUCACAAAAAAAAAAAAAAAAUAAAAAAAAAAAAAAUAAAGAAGAAGAAAAGAAAUCAUUAUUAUGGCUUCAAUGAUGAAAACCAUCAAUAGACUUAUUUGCCUAUUUAAAAGCUCGCACUAACCCAAGCCACCAAAUAUCUGUGGGAGAUCAUGAGAGUGAAUUUUCUUAUGUUGAAAAAGAUAUGACAAUGUCAUAUGCGUAAUUGUAAUCAUAUAAAGCUGGAUCAAUGAUGAUAAAAGAUGAAAGAGAAAAAUAUUAAAAUAUGUAAUUAUUAAAUUAUAACCGUUAAUUCACAUUUGUAUGAUUAUGAUUAUCUCAUAUGAUCAUGUCAUUUUUUUUUUUAACAUAAAAGAAUACUCGGAGAGAUCACGAAUGCAACUAAUAAGAAAAAUAACUCGGAUACUUUAAUUUCCGUUAACUAGCUCUUGAGUUGACUGGAGCAAAGUGCUGGAGGAGUUAAUUUCCAUUCUCAUAAGAAGAUAUCCAAACAGUUAAUAUUAAAUAUUAGAACACCGAAUUAAAUGUAUUUGACAUUGUUCUUUGUUCUUAGGGUGUUGGGGCUUUUUCAAUUUUUAUUUUUAUUUAUUUAUAAUUCAGGAUUUACUACUAUCAACAUUGAUAUUUUUCAGACAAAAGAAAAAUUAAGUCACCUUUAUUGGAGCUAUUUUC